AUGGCAUUCUUCAGAAGUUUGCAGCAGAAUCUGCCUUCGGUGUCCUCUCUGGUGGACACAAUCAGUAAUGCUGUGGAAGAUCUGACCAGUGCUGUUGGGGAGGUCGGCUGCACUUUAUCUGAUGUGGUCACUGAACAGGUAACAAGCAUGAUGAAUGGCUUUCGCCCAGAAGAGGAAAGCUCUUCAGCAGCAGAAGUUGUAGAUACUUUUAAACGAGAAAACACCACAUUACCAGAAGUCUCCAAAGACACGAAUUGUCAGAAAACACCAUCCAAUUCAGAGCACAGAGCAAAUCAAAGAGAUUAUUACAAUGCUUCAGUUUCACAGAGGCACGGUCGAGGAGUGAGUGAAGAAAGAGUACUUAAACAUGAUGAUAGGCAACAGACAGUAUCAGAGUAUCAAGAGACCAGUAGUGCUGGUAAUUCUUUGGAAGGCUGCGUGAGUGAUGCUAGAAUAUCACUUCGGAAGCAGAAUGCAAAGGUGGGAUCUACUGGUCAUGAACUUGGAUGUACUGACAGAUACAAAAAAAUUGGAUUGGGAAUUUCUAGUAAUGGUGAGAAUGAUUUAAAGGAAGUAAGGUAUCAAGAAAUGAAAGAAAAUCAUUUAAAGAAAGCUGAAAAACAUAUUAAAAGUAAAGGGUUCAAAGGGAAUGACUGUUUAGGAAAUGAAUGCUUUCCAAAAGAUACUUUGGCAAGCAAUAGACCUGUGAUACAGAAAUCCAGUAGGAAAGAAGAUGUACAUCCAGCACCGUCAACUAAUUCUAAAGAUAAGUUACUUGAAAGUGUCAAAGAACAAGUAAAUCCAUCAAAAUGCUACAAAGUGAGAAGAGACAUAAAAACAAAGAAAAAUGAAGCCAUUUCUGCCCAAAAAGGAGCAGCAAAGAAUAAAGAUGAAAAAUAUUCUAAGAUAAAACCAGAAAAAGAUAAUUCCUACAUGGACAAAGAUGAGCAUGGUUCGUCCUCUGAAAGUGAAGAUGAAGCACUGGGUAAAUACCAUGAGGCCUUGUCCCGAACACACAAUUCCAGGCUCCCACUGGCCGAUUGUAGACAACAGAAUUAUACUUGGGAAACGAGACAAAAAUACAGUCCUCUCUCUGCAGAGUAUGAUGGAUACAGUAGUGAAGCAUCCAUGGAUGAAGGAAACUGCAUUCAGAGAAUGAGAAGAACACCCCCACUGGAUGAAUUGCAGCCACCGCCAUAUCAGGAUGACAGUGGUUCUCCCCACCUCUCAUGCACACCCUCAGAAAUUGGGGACAGUAAAUGUGAAUUUUCCCACUGCAGCAACAGUCCAAGGUGCUCCUAUAGCAAGUGCCCGAGUGAAGGAAGCACAGGCCGUGGAAUAGAAAGCUUUCAUAACAAAGGAUGCGAAGAAGAUGUUCCGAGUGACAGCACCGCAGUCCUGAGCCCCGAAGAUAUGUCAGCUCAAGGAUCAUCUUCACAGCUUCCUAAACCUUUUGAUCCUGAGCCAGAAGCUAAAUAUGGCACACUGGAUGUGACUUUUGACUAUGACUCACAAGAACAGAAGCUUCUGGUAACAGUGACAGCUGUCACAGAUAUCCCAACAUAUAACAGGACAGGUGGCAACUCAUGGCAAGUACACCUUGUUCUUCUACCUAUAAAGAAACAGAGAGCAAAAACCAGCAUCCAGAGAGGACCAUGCCCCGUCUUCACAGAAACGUUCAAAUUUAACCAUGUCGAAUCUGAGAUGAUUGGAAAUUAUGCAGUUCGAUUUAGACUGUAUGGUGUACAUCGCAUGAAAAAAGAAAAGAUUGUGGGGGAAAAGAUUUUUUAUUUAACAAAAUUGAAUCUUCAAGGGAAAAUGUCAUUACCUGUGAUAUUGGAACCUUCUUACAAUCAUUCUGGCUGUGACUCCCAGGUGAGCAUGUCAGAAGUGUCCUGCAGUGGAAGCACGUCCUCGUGUCAGUCUCUGGAGCACGGCUCAGUUCCGGAAAUCCUCAUUGGCCUACUUUACAACGCCACCACCGGGAGACUCUCCGCAGAAGUUAUAAAAGGCAGCCACUUCAAAAACUUGGCAGCAAACAGACCACCCAAUACAUAUGUUAAAUUAACUCUCCUGAAUUCCAUGGGUCAAGAAAUGUCUAAAUGCAAGACAUCCAUCCGCAGAGGGCAGCCCAAUCCAGUGUACAAGGAAACUUUUGUUUUUCAAGUGGCCCUGUUUCAGCUUUCUGAUGUGACACUUAUACUGUCCGUGUAUAACAAGCGCAGUAUGAAAAGAAAGGAGAUGAUAGGCUGGAUUGCUCUAGGUCUGAACAGCUCUGGAGAAGAGGAGCUCAAUCACUGGACUGAGAUGAAGGAGUCGAAAGGACAGCAGGUGUGCAGAUGGCACGCGCUGCUCGAGUCGUGACGGCUGGAGCGAGCGUGCGCGGCCCGGGCCUCCUGUUCCCCAUGGCAACACUGCUGUUUCUGCCGAGCCACCAUCAGAAGAGUUCUUCUUUGAAGAAUCGUCCUCCACAUUCCACCAAAAUGUUUUAAAUUCUGUGGUAGAGUAUCUAGUACUGACAUACGUGAAGAAAAACUCCGUCUCUGGUGGAGCUUGUUUGGGAAGAUGAAAGACUAAUAACAUCGUUGUUAAAUUAACAGCCUCCAGAGCUUCCAGAGCAUGCUUUUGGGUUGAAGUUGACUUUACUUUUUAGCAAAAGAGCCAUUCAGUUAUUCUAUGAAAAUUCAAAAUUAUAAAUGAU